CACUGCCAUCGCUGCCGCUGCCAGCGCGUGUUUUUGUAGUUUCCAGCGUGGUUUCCAGUUUAGCCUGGCGCAUAUUUGUGCCCGUACUUGCAAAAUUUAAUCACUUAUCGCACUGACGCGCUGAUUAUCUCCCUCCCAAGCCGAAUAAUUUUUUGUGGUUUCGAUCGCUUUGUACAGUGCGCCAGUGAUCGUGCAUUAUGGCGAAUUCGACGACGAACGCUUUGUCGUACUUUAUGCUCAUCGGCAAGUUAAAGGGCAUCAGGCGGACAGGCUGGGUGUUGAGAGGAGUGCCAGACCCGGAGCGCAUCUCGGGACACAUGUACAGAAUGUCGGUAAUGGCCAUGAUGAUCGGAAAUGAUGCCGACUCCGGAGUUGACAAGGAUAAGUGCAUUCGUAUGGCGCUUGUCCACGAUAUGGGAGAGUGCAUCGUGGGAGACAUCACACCGAUUUGUGGCGUCAGCAAGGAAGAGAAGUACAAACGAGAAUCGGAUGCCAUGGACUGUUUGGGAAAGCUAGUCGACAAUGUGUCUGCAAUCGAGUUCAGAAGUCUUUGGGAGGAAUAUGAAGCCCAAAGUUCUCCGGAGUCGAAGGUUGUCAAGGAUCUGGACAUGUUUGACAUGAUCCUACAGGCCCACGAGUAUGAAGUCGAGAUGCAGGAUCCUGGGCGACUACAAGAAUUCUUUGACAGCACAAAUGGACGGUUCCAGCACCCCUUGGUCAAAAAGUGGGCGGAGGAGCUCUACAAGCUUAGGGCCACUCACCUUUCUCAAAAGGCAGUAUGACCGCCCAACAGCAGUAGAUCUUUUUAUUAGUGCAAUGGGUGUAUAUUUAUUUACUUACUGUACACUCUAAGAGCGAGAUAUAAGCACGACUGUGAUUAAAAGAUCCUCUGUACAUCA